AUGUCGUCCUCGGGUUCGCGAAAGGUUUCCAAGACGAGACGGUCACAGAAGAGCUGCACGAAUUGCCGCCUCAGUCUCUCGACCGCAGCCAAUGCUUCGUCCAACGAGUACAAGUUCUCUGAAGACCAGACCUGGUGCUCACUAGACGGCGAGCUUGAGUUUGUGGAUGAAGGAAAGGACCUGCAGUCUAUAUACCGGACCGAGGAUGCAGCCCAUGAAGGAGGCGAGAGCUCUCAGGAUGACUCUGAGCAAAUCACUCCUUCUCGAGAGAUUGGCCAUCACGGCACACCGGACCAGCAGCUCAACUCUCUAACGCUCGAUGCUGGCCCAUAUCUGUCGAGUUAUCACGAUUCGACGUCAGAAACAAGUUGGUCGACGGCUCUGUCGAAUACCAGGCUAUUGGAACGACCCUCUGCGCAGCAACAUGACAGCCCAGCAUCAGGCUCGGCCGUUCACUCAUUAGACGGCACAUUGCCACUCCCUCCUAUCGACACGUUCAGCCCACUGCCCACCCAAGAAGUCGGAGCACACUGCACAGAAGCAAACCGUCCUACCUUCACUGAAAUACCCGUCUACCGCGACAUCUCAGUCUGGCCCCUUAAAAACCCGACCGAAGCCAAACUGAUGCGCUACUUUAUUGAAAAGAUCGCCCGCCGCUUCGACCUCUGCGAUCCAGAGCGGCAUUUCGCCCUCGUCGUUCCGUGGAGGGCGGCGUUUUGUCCGCCUCUACUAGACGCUGCUUUGGCAUUGAGCGCAAGGUGUCUAAGCAGGACGACGGAUUUUGACUCUUAUAUAUCGAAUAGGUAUUAUCAGAGGUGUUUGAAUGCUCUAAUAUCGACGCUUGGGAUCGCGGAUGCACUGAAGAAUCAGGAUCUGUUUGCGGCUGUUGUGCUGUUGAGGACGCUGGAGGAGAUUGAUGGGCCAUUAUCCGGAGCCGACUCUCAAUCGCACUUACUUGGCGGUCAUCUCUUUGCCAGCGCUUCAGCUUCAGAGCACAGUUCCAUUUUGUGGUCUCCAGGAGUGCUCAGGGAACCCGACAGACUCACCAGCCUACGACGUGCAGCUCUCAGAGUCGCGUUUCGGCAAGAGGUCUACAUGGCUUUUGCCUGCCAGCGACCUGUUCUUCCGGCAUUCUACCUCCCCGAAAUUGAUCGAUGUCUCGACAACCCGACCGACGACGGUACCUGGACAAACCGAAUACUGUUACAUCUCGUCGACACAUUAAAGUUCUGCUUCGGAGACGAACCCAUGAGACCGGACCAGGCUAUGGAGAAACACAGCGAUCUACUAAAAUACGCAGAAGAAUGGUACGCCAAGAAACCACCGAGCUUCAACGCCCUCUUCCUCGACGAAAACACCGAGAGACGAAUCGCCCCCGACAUCUGGAUCCUCUCCGACGCCGCAGCAACCGGCCUCCUUAACUACCACCUCCUCCGCAUCCUCCUCCUCUCCUUUGACCCGCACACGCCUCGCGUCGGUCCAUCCCGAGCACGCUUCCUAAAACAGCAGGACAGAGAGAUUAAAGAGGAGGUGAAGACGUGUAUUGGAAUUGCUGAGGGGAACCCAGAGUGUGCGCCGCAUUUUGUCCUUGCAAGUUUGGGGAUUGCACUUGCAGGGGAUAGGUUUGAGGAGAGGUGGGAGAAGGAUGAGUUGAUGAGGUUUUUGAAGAGGGCUGAGUCUUUGCAUGGUUGGAGUACCUUAGUUGCUCAGCGGCAUUUGGCUGAGGCUUAG